UGAUCCAUCACCAGCUCCAUUCCGUGCGUCACACUUUCUCAAUUCUCGCAUGAUUUCUCUUACUCAAUUCCAACUCUAGUAGCGAGUCAUCCCACACCGCAUUUCGUCUUUCGUCUCCUCAUCUUCUUCCUUUUGUUUGAUUCUUUGUACAUUGGGGAACAAAGAAAAUAGCACCAGCUACAACGCGGAUACAUACAAUCACCAUCAUGUUCCCUCCACAACAGGGCAUCUCCCUCGAUAUUGAGGCGCUCUCUGGUAUAUGCGGCUCCAUAUCAAUCGCCUGCUGGGUCGUCGUCUUCUCGCCUCAAAUCAUUGAAAAUUUCCGACGUGGUUCCACCGAGGGUCUGUCCAUCGUCUUCAUCGUCAUCUGGCUAGCCGGCGAUGUCUUCAAUAUCUUGGGCGCCAUCCUACAGGGCGUGCUGCCCACCAUGAUCAUCUUAGCCAUUUACUACACUCUGGCCGAUAUUGUCUUACUAGGCCAGUGCUUCUACUACCGUGGCUUCACACUCAGCGACGACACCUCGAAGCACCGAAGCAACGGAGACGCCGAGACCCGACCCCUACUGCACAGCGGAUCGGCCACAGCACCGCCUUCUCGGGAUGAAGAUGAUCGGUCGCGACCACUAUCACAGUACCAUCGGCACUCCUCGGUGGACCCGACGCAUCUGUCCCCCGUCACGCCGCUGCUCGACCCGCCCAAGCCAAAUGACCCUCCGGCUUUGAAGAACCUGAAGCCCACCACCACUCUACAGGCCGCCAUUUUCAACAUCUUCGCCAUUCUUCUGGUCUGUGCAGCGGGUGUGUUCGGCUGGUGGAUCGGCGCGCACAAGUCGCAUCGCCACCACCAUGUCAAGGACGACACGUCCGAGCCCUUGGAGUUCGACGUCCUGGGUCAAGUGUUCGGAUAUCUCUGCGCGGUACUGUACUUGGGAUCGAGAGUGCCGCAGCUGCUGUUGAACUACAAGCGGAAAAGCACAGAGGGUGUAUCGCUGUUGUUCUUCCUGUUUGCUUGCAUUGGCAAUUUGACGUAUGAUAUGUCCAUCUUUGCGUAUUCGCCGAUUUGUCGGAGUUCGGGUCAUUGCGAGCCUGGCGAGGCGAAGACACUUUACUUGCGGUAUAUUGCGGUUAAUGCUAGUUGGAUUGCGGGCAGUUUGGGGACGCUGUUCUUGGACAUGGCUAUCUUUGUGCAGUUUUUCUUGUACAAGAAGGAUGAGACGGAUGAUGAAAUUGCUGCUGAGGGUGAGAGGAGGUGAUACGAAGAACGUUGAAUGAUGAGGGUUGAAGUUGACACUGUGUGACACGGAGGUCACGGUCGCACCAAUCAAGCUCGUUGUUACUGUGGCUGUACGACAUGACAACAUGGUUUGCACACCGUUCGACCCUUGGGAGGAACGGCGAGACGACACGGAAGCACAGCUCAAGGACCGUGACCGU